CAGCUUUACCUGCGUAACACGAACGGGCGUUUCCCGACGCGCAUGAUAUUCUAUCGCGAUGGAGUUUCGGAGGGCCAGUUCGAAAAUGUGUUGGUGGAAGAGCUGUGUGCAAUUCAACGAGCUUGUGCAGAUGUCCGUCCUGGCGAGGAGCCAGCUAUCACUUAUAUUGUUGUGCAAAAGCGUCACCAUAUUCGAUUUAGACCAUCUGACCCCAGGUAAGGUAUUUGCUCAUGAUGUUUCCUGUGUACGUACUACACUUUAUUCGUGUCUUAACGGUCUGUUUGAAUGCUUUGUCAGGGCAAGAAACGUGGAGCCAGGAACCGUGGUAGAUACAGAUAUCACGCAUCCCAGGGAAUUUGAUUUCUACCUCUGCUCUCAGGAAGGGAUUCAGGUAAAUUGUUUCUUUGUGCUAAUGCCAUUACUUUUAGGGUACAUCGAAACCUGCUCACUAUCACGUGUUGUAUGAUGAUAGUAACUGGACAUCGAAUGCUCUUCAGAUGUUCACCUACCACUUAUGCUACGCGUACAUGAGGUGUUCGCGUAGUGUCUCGUGUCCAGCGCCGACUUAUUAUUCUCAUUUGGCUGCAUUUCGGGCACGUGAGUGGUUAUCGGACAUAGAGAAACCAGAGAUUCUGUUAGAUGCUGGUCGUUUCAGAGUUCACAGCAGUCAAGUUGACGGCAUGUUCUACUUAUAAACAGAUUUUGUUAUUUUCAUAUAAAUUGUAUUUCCUUUUGAAUCCAUCUUCCCUUUUAAUAGUAAUAAUAAUAAUCAUAAUAAUAAUAAUAGUAUAAUGAUAAUGAUUUACUUCAUUCCAAAAGCAGUACUUGUGAUACAGAAUGGGAUUUUCAGCAUUAAUCACGAUAUUGUAUCUAAUUCCCUCAAAUUAUAAAUAAAAUUAAUCACACA